AUGGACGACUUAGAUCGCGAGCUGCAGCUCUUUGAGCUCGAACGCCAAGCGGCCAUGGACGCCAUCAGCAAUACUCUGCAAGGAAUCACGGGUCGACUCGACACCUUAUACGCCAUGGUCGCUGAAAUGAAAGACGACAUCCGCACCGGACAAUGUAGAUGGACACUUUCACCGGACGUUGCCAUCGCUACCCAGACUCCGUCACCCGAGCAAUGCGAAUUUCUGAACUUCAUCUUUGCGCUCGGUGUCUCCGCGCAGAGCAUGGCACUGUGGCAUGCACGGUGUCAUGUAAUCUCUGUCGCGCUCGUCGUUCCAUAUUCGUCUACUGCUGCUCAUACGUCAUCCCCUAUUCGUUGCUGCUGCUGUCUAUCCGUCGCCGCAUAUUCGUCUGCUGCUGCUUGCCUGCCUUCGCCUAGCCGUCGGUCUGCUCCCAGUUGUGUAUCCAUCGUCGCAUAUUCGUCUGCUGCUGCUUGA